AUGAAGGGGCCGGAGGAUGGGCCUGUGAAGACCUAUCUUUUCCGAGAGUACCCGAGUACUGCUAAACUACAUGUGAACGUUCCACUCCCGCCCGAACCAGCGGUUGAGGUGGCGGAUAAGGUCCAGAACCAAUGGACAUUCCAAGUGCAACUGCUGCGGGGCAGCAGGGGACGAGAGCCAACGUGCGAUGCUUCCGGUGCGGAAACGUCGGACAUUAUGCACGCGAGUGUACGACAUCAGUACACUCGGUCCAAGGUCGACGUGGCGAUACAGGGUAUAUCGUCACGGGCGAACAAACAACGCGACGGAUCAGUAGGCGCGGGGCGCCCUACUGGUAUUGCAGUCACGCGUGUCUACAACGGACACGCGGUAUUGAGGAUUGCAGCCCCCAGUGAGAAGGAAUCUCACUGUAAAGUGCAAGAUAGCAUGCCCAAUCUUAUCAUCUUGAAGGCUAAGUCGAUGACGAAGAGAGCGGACUCUCUUCGAGAAUUCGCAGACUCGGACGUGUCGAGCAACUUGUUCGACAGCAAUUCAGUUGGAAGCACGAUUGCAACGGGUGCCACCGUGAAGACCGAGAAGCGCGUAAUUCGCGCACGAUUCUCGUACAAACACCGGGGUUUUGUGGAAGAACUUCUCGUCCUGGACUUGGACAACAAGUUCGACAUGGUGUUGGGCAUGCCGUGGCUUGCACGGCAUGAUCCUAUUAUCGACUGGGAGAAGCGCACGGUCGUACGCUUCGGAUACCGCGGCGCAACAGAGAGCGAUGGCCCUGUUAGCGUAGCGGAUACACUUAACAGUGCGUCCGAACCUCCUUCAGAGACAGUGGCUCGCGCUGCUGUCUCCAGCCGUAGCGCAUGGAGUCCGCGUGCUGUAACGACUCCGGGAGUCGUUGACAGAAAAGGAGUGUCUGGUCAGGGACCAGACCCUACGAAGAAACUCUCCGCCGUAAGGCGUCGAGGUGACAACAGCGUGUCGACUCUGGGAGUUGACACGCACUCGAUAUCAAAGUCGAGAGAGUUCCCCGCCGUGAGGCGUUGA